AUGGAGGUGGAUAGCGACUUAGGGUCGCGCCGGCUUGCUCUAAUCAAAGCUGUAAGAUCUCUCGAUGAAGAUGGAACAACUGCGCUAUCCGAAAAAAUCUGCAGACUUUGGGUUUUACUUUCAGCUACAAAGGGUACAAGAUUCCAUGGUGUUGAAGAAAACAUAUUACGAUGGCUAUUCAAGAAUAUGAGCGGCAAGACCGAGGAUGCUGAACAGGUCCGACGGUAUCCUCUUACUUGGUCUCUUUUGAGCCAUGUAUUUCCCAAGAUCCCGACGCAAACACUGGGAAGAUCGCUCGCAUCUCUUCGAUUCGUCUCUAUCCUGCACCAGACCGUAAACGACAUCACCACGGCUCGAAAGCCUUCUCCUGUAUCGUCAACUCAAACGAAUGGAACUGCCUCAGAUAAAACGAAAAAGAGGAAGAGAGACGACGGAUUUCCAUCCGAUAUCGAGGAACUUCGUACUCCGCAAGGUUGCAUAAAGUCAGCUGCCGAACUAUUUGGGGCUUUAGGUAGUCUCCUUGAUCAGGGGGCUCGCCGCAGAGGACCUAAUACUCCAGAACGAAGAGUUGGAGCCGAGCAUAUCAAAUCGCUCUUCUCUUCAUCUAAUGAAGAAACCAGAGAUAUCGCUGCAGGACUACUUCUGACCUGCGAUCGCUCACUGGGCGUUCUCGAACAUGGCCUUUCCGGAGAUCAAGAAUCAUGGAUCGGCAUUAUAACUACUCUCUGGAAUCUCCGCGUUCAUAAUAAAGAUGACAGCCUUGAGUUUGCUAGACAUAUAUAUGUGCCUAUAUGUUCUAUUCUAACAAGGCUACGUGGCCUUGUUGGGGUGGCGCCUGUGACAGUGACCAGCGAUGGGGCUAGGAGUCUCUGGAUUCGACAGCUUGAGCGGUUCUUAAAUGCAUACUUCGUUCGCCCUGCAAGGCAUACGUUCGCGACAGACGAAAAUGUUGAGGUAAUAGAGACUGCUCUGGAUCUGGCAAAGAGAAAUUUAGGCGGCUCCGCCAUUGUUACAUGGGAUGUAGCAGCAAGGACGCCUCGAGAUUCGAGUAAUCCGAAAUCGAAAACUGAGCACACGUUAUGGGCUCAGAACGUCUUUACGGUCUUGCUCAAAGCUAUCCAACCUUUGGAACCUUUAGUUCGAAAUCAAAUCAUCAUUCAAUUAUUAGAUACAGCUAUCCAGGCAAACUCGGUUCCAAACACCACAGCUCUACGGACCGUGUGCCGAGAGCAUGCGCUUGGAACGGAUGAAACUGACUGGAAACUAAUUUCAAAGGCUCUUGCCUGUGAUGCUGAUGUGUUCCUCACAGACGAUUCUCUAAUUGAAGGCGUUUUCAACAGAAUAAGUUCUAUUUCAAGCCAUGAUCUUAUCACAAGAGAAACUGUUGUUAAGGAGGUUAUUCUUCCCUUAGAAGAUGCCUUCGCAAAAUCGCGAAACUUCUCAGGCUUUAUCCAGAAAUGGCAUGAAUGUCUCGGCGAGAGUGCUACCGACUCAUUGGGCCAAUCAAUAUGGGUUGAUGCCGAAAUUCGGCAACAUUUGGCUAAGAUUUUGCAAAGCACGUUAACUAGCACACAAUUGAUCCGUAUCUUAGAACGCCUAACUUCUUCAGAUGUUCCUAGCGGGGCACUCUUAGUCGUCCUUGAUGGGAUCUCAGCGGGAAUCACCGAAGAGGAUUUCACGACAAGUGCUGAUUCGAAGAUUUUCUCCGCGCUUUUUGAAGGCAAGAACUACAAGGAUAUUCCGUCUUCGAUUUUGUCAUUAAGAUGGCGUAUUGCUGGCCGUAUGGCUUCUUGGGAGACGUCAGAAGAGGUUGAUCGGCUUUGGGUUGAGUUAAAAUCGGCCCUUAAGCGCAUUCUAAGGAAGGGUCUUCUAUCUGACCCUGAGACUUUUGAAGCAUUUGGCUAUUCUUACAAUGUAUGGCUGGCUAACUAUCCGGGAGGCAAGCAUUACGCGGAUCUUGCUAAACUCACGCGUUCAUUUCUUGAAAGAGUCAUCUCUGAUAUGAAAACUAACGUCGACUCCUCUGUAUCACGGCCUUACAUGGACUAUGUGUUUAGAUUCUUACCAAGGCUUGCCGAUAUACCGAAAAGAGAAGCCGCUGACCUCAGAGAUCUCAUCAUAGAUAUGUUUUGGCAGACUGAACAGAAGUUCAUAGUUGAUAAGGACAUGCUACUUAGUGACGCUCUACAGCCCCUCCUGCAUAACUUCGAUUGCGAAGAUGAUGAAGCGUUAAUUGAUGCCCUCAUAUCAAAACCACUUGAUGGUCUUGACGAUACAGAAAACCAGUCAGGCUGGACGCAACCGCGGGGCCUCUCGAUGCUUUCGAUUCUCUUGGACUUCCCACGCGAAGCCUUGACUAAAGGGCGGCGAAAGCGCAUUAUGUCUUCAUGGAAAAAUUGGAGAUCGAAAAUAGCCAAUCAUGCAUCGCAGGAUUCAUUAUUAGCAGUUACUGUGCUUAGAUUGUUGGUCAAAGUAAUGCAGCAACCAACAUUUUACGAAGAUAUGGAAUUUGACGAUCUUGUUUACAUAUCUUCUAACAUGUGGCAAGACGAUAAAACUGUUGUUGCUUUAAUUGAGAAGCUCAUCGACCUGACAUUACGGCAAAUGGUCACUAAUACCGAUGGGCCUUCUCUAGCCUACUUGACCGAGGCGUCGAACUUUGUGAAGAGCCUUGAGCCAAAGGCAUCGAAACACACAGCUGCUCAAAUACUUCUGGUGAAGAGUAUAGUCUCCGCACUGCACAACUCCUCCAACAAGUCAUAUAUCUCAACUAUCAAUGUGGAUGAAAUCGUACGCAAACUAGAACGACAGGUACAAAAUAGCUUGACCAGAUUUGCGUCCGAGAACAAACAAACGGACCUGGCUAUGGAAGAUGAGUCUACUAUACUCUCACUUUCUAUAACACUAAGCGGGGCGGCAUGUACUGCCGAUGCUUACGAAGAGAGACGGAUUGAGCUCACAGAUAAGACUAUCCACCAAUUGGAAAGCAUAAGUACAUCAUACGUGUCUAAGAAAAUCAACAUUGGCUGGAAGCUACGAGCAUUCCUCUUCAGAAACCACCCAGAUCGAUACGACUCGUUAGGCUUAUUUACGCAGUUAGGACAAGCAUCUACAGCGGUUGGUGAGGAUGUCGUAUAUGAUUUGGUCGAUGCCUUUGUGAAAAAUCGUGAUCAGCCCGUAAGGGAUCGGCUGCUUGGUGAAUUAAUCGGCAGUGGGAAGCUGGCCGGUGGCGCUAUCGGGCCCCUCCUGGCUGUUAAGAGGCUUAUCGAGCUGCGUCAUGGACCUGCUACCUUAUCAUCUAGUGCUGAGGCGCAAGAUAUUAUUGACCUUGGCGUCGUACAUGAGCGACUUGCCUCUCUACUAAGCAAGGCAGAAUCUCUCCGACACUUCAAACAGUUGUCUGAGAUCUUAUUGCUGCUUCUUGAUAAGCACGCUAACUCUAUGGCCCAGUUCAAUAUCGAGACAACACUAAGCAGUGUUGUUCAUGUAUGUUCACAGACAGGCCCUAAAAUACAGGACCAUAAAGCAGCAGGAGAGAUUUACGAUAAGUUAUACCGAUUAGUGGCCCUUAUACUCAAACGACACCGACUUCGCUUGACGGGGCACUUCCCGAUCCUGCUUGCCGCAUUGCGAGCACUCCUUGCUACUUUACUGGCCGACCCUGGCCUCGAUAAAGCAGAUGCAACAUUCUCACAGGCUUGUCCACCAUGGCUUGAAUCUCACCUGCAGUCGAGACACGCAGAACGGUUCACUCGCCUCCUCAUGCUUAUAUGUGAGCCAAGCGCGGCAUCGGUGGCCCGCACACGAUCGAACGAAUUAGAUUCCGCAACAGACAUUGCGAAACGGACAGCGGGGCAGGACAUGUUCACCAUACUAGAGUUAUAUAUCAAACUGCAGCUUGAGGUGAACGUGCCACGAGACAUUAGAAAAGCUCUCGAGCCGGGCGUCUACUCAGUCCUCGACAUCACGCCACAGGGAUGUAGGAGGGUACUGAAUGAAUCCCUAGAUGCGAACGGGCGCGCCAUAUUUAGGGAGAUGUUUGCGAAUUACAAAAAGUUUGGGAAGUGGACUGGUGUCUAA